AUGUUCGUCUUCGUGACUGCGUUCCUCCUUUCUGCAGUAACCCUAGCGGUCAGCCAAUGCGUCGACCCUCGCCCCCAUCACCUUUGCUGCCGCUCUUUGAGUCCAUACAGAGAUAAUCAGAUCGUGUGGGAGGGCGUUUGCGGCUUCCCUGGAAUAGACAACACCAGUGUUCUCGUCGGUGGUGCAUGUAGCGAUAUUCCAUGCGUCUUCGAUGGUCUGUACGAUGUCUGUUGCUGGGACUUUUUGCCUUGCCCCGCAAGCCCUGAUGGUACAACUGGCUUAAACUGUACUGGGCACAGAGUCAUCAGUAAUCUCUGA